AAACAAAACAUUUUUUUCUUCAGUAUGUGUACGUCAUACAUUUAUAUAUUUCAAUAUUGAAUAGCUUAAAUUGUAUUUAAAGGACAUGCACGUAAAUGCAGAUAUUGUUACUUUUAAGUUGAUAAUGUACAGGGGAUUUGUUUAUUGGUUUUAUAAGAUAUAGCGAUUAACGCAAGGGGGACAACGUUAAAGAAGUAUCCAAGAUUUAGUUCAACACAUAGUGUGACUGGAUUACUUUGUUUUUCAGAUGACAGAUAAGAAAGAACUAUCCAGAGCUAUAGCCAUGGCUACUGACCAAACAGAAGUACAUGCAAUAGACGAGGGCAUUCAGCCGUCAAAGAUUUCGCCAUGGUAUCUCCAUUCUAACAGCACAUCGCACACGUGGGUUUUUUCUGCUAUUGCAGAGUUAAUUGAUAACGCUUGUGAUGCAAAUGCUUCGGAGCUUAAGAUCGACAAAAGAGAGAUAAUGACGAAAGACUGUCUCAUCAACCCGAAAGUCUGUCUUACGCUUCUCGAUAAUGGGAAAGGGAUGACACACGAGGAACUAAGUAACAUGUUGAGUUUUGGCUUCAGUAUGAACAGUCACAAUAUGAAGAUAGGAAAAUUUGGCAAUGGUUCUAAGGCCGGUUCCAUGAGAAUAGGGGAUGAUGCCAUGGUAUUCACGCGCUGCAAGACAUCUACGAGUGUAGGAUUGCUCUCGCAGACAUAUCUGAAGGCAAUUAAGGCUAAAACCGUUAUUGUUCCCAUUGUGACCUGGACACUACAGAACAAAAAUAUGAAUCGCGAAUCGUCCAGUGAGAGUGAUGGUAACUUGUCCGCCAUUUUAGAACACGGACUAUUUUCAUCAGAGGAAGAGUUGAUGCAAGAAAUGCAGGCUUUUGAUAAAAUGAAAAUUGCCACUGGUACAAAAAUAGUUAUCUUCAACGUGAGGAAAGACAAAAGUGGGAAGACAGAGCUUGAUUUUUCGUCUGACCCGAUUGACAUUCGUAAUCCGGAAACAGCACUCAAUGAGAAAACGCUAAUCGACCGUCCGGUGAUUGAUGACUGUCCAGAAUAUAGGAAAUCGUUGCGAGAGUACUGUAGUAUUUUGUACUUAAAACCAAGAAUGAGGAUUGUAAUUCAAGGAAGAAAAGUACAAACUAAGCUGAUCGACAAAUCGUUGUUGAAGAGAGAAACAGAUGUGUACAAUCCCACCUGGCUUGAUCGUCCUGUACGAAUCACGUUUGGUUUUACCAAGAACAAAGAUACGGAUGCGUAUGGUCUGAUGUUAUACCACAAAAACCGACUCAUCGAUGCCUAUCGUAAAGUUGGCUGUCAGAAAAAUGGUAAAGGCGAUGGUAUUGGCGUCAUUGGUGUGGUCGCAGCAAACUUUCUCGACCCAACACAAAACAAACAGGAGUUCAUCAACGACCAAAAAUACAUAACAUUUAUGGUUUCGGCUGCAGUAAAGCUGAAAGAUUAUUACUAUCAAAAGACCAAUACAACGGACCCAAACGUAACUGACAGCUCAAUGGCUUCAAAGUACACAUGGGUACAAUGUGACAAUUGCAAUACGUGGCGAAGACUGCCAGCUGGGCACACAGAUGAAACAUUGUCUGAUAUUGACAGAAAAUGGUUCUGCAGACAAAAUCCAGAUGUUUAUUACAAUCGUUGUGAUAUUCCCGAGGAGCCCGAGGACGAGGGUGAGAAACCACAGACCACAUACAAAAAAACGUACAAGAAGGCAAUGGCAGAAAAGCAGAGGAAAACAAAAUUUGAAGAGCUCCGUCGUAUGAAGGAGAAGGAGGCAUUACUGGCCAGGAAGGAACAGAUGUUACAGAGGCAGGCCCUCAAGAUCUCCCAGCAGAAGGAGGAACUCGCAGAGGUCUCCUCAAGCCAGGACUGCACGGACAGGAAAUUGACAACGGCUGACCUGAAGGAGGCGGAAAAGAAGCUGCAGGAGUUAGUGAUGGAGCAGACCCUGAGAGAGCAGACCAUCCAGGAGCUGGAGGCACAGAAGAGGCUCAAGGAAGAGCAGUCCCAGGCCAUGCUGAGGACGGCCAAGUCUCUAGGGAUCACCACCUUACAGAGCAAGAGUCUAGUUGAGAAGGUGCAGGUGAUUGCAGGACAGAGCAGCUCCACUGUGUCCUCCAGCAGUUCAUCAAAAGCAAUCAAAAGAAAGAGCACAUUGAAAGAUGGUAGCAACACGAGGUUUACGAGAAUAAAAACAGAAGAUGUCCCUCUUCCCGACCCAGACGACACAACGGUUAUUGACCUGACCUUUGAUGAAAAUGAAGAUGGAGACUUUCCACCGGAAUCUCAGCUACCAGAGACAGAGACAAAGUCGCCACAAGUGGCACCAGAUUUUCCUGCAUCGCCUGUACAGUCAACAUCCAGAAGUUCUACUGGAAAAAGUACACUUGGUGCUCCGAAAUUGAAAUCCGCUAUGAAAUCUUUUCCGCCUGGUUCAAGGAGAAAUAAAAAUAAAGCCAUGGAGGUUGGAGAUGAGAUUUCUAAGUCGAAAGACAACGCAUCAAAAGAUACGGAGAAAACUGUCAGUCCAGAUUCUAGUGAUGUGAAUGCUGAAUCUGAAACUGCGAAUACCGACGCUGAGGGUGCUACAUGUGACGCAAUCACUGACAGCGUGAUCAGUGACAAAGAUGAUGAAAAUUUAUCAAAUGCGAAGAUUUCAGAAGAUGACAAACUUGGUGCUGAACAUGAAUCAAAUGAAUACACAGAGAUACAAGAUGUAAAACCUGACACAGAGAUUUUGGCUGCAUGUAAAAAUGAAGUAAAGACAGAAGUUAAGAAGGCAUUUGCAGACAGUUGUGUUCAGACUGUGCCAACUGUUGUGAAAUUUGCCAGCCCAGAAGAAGUUGACUUGUUAAAACUCAGCGCAGUGGAACAGACACAAGCCCUGCUUGAAAAAGCAAGAGAGUUGGAUGAAACAAAGAACAACUUAACAAGUUUGAGAAAUAACAUCUGUCAACUUCUCAAAAUUAUAGUCUCUGAUUUUGACUAUGGUGAGCCUGAAAACAUUGAGAAGGUUAUCCUGGAGUUCAUCCAAGCCAAUGAGACACUGGCCUCAUCAAAGACUGAGUGGACCUCAUUGGCUUACGGUUUAUUGUAAUGGACUUUAUUGGAGGCAGAUAUACAGGCUAUAUACAAAUGUAUACGCUAUGUGUAGCCCUUUCAUUGUUCAAAUUAGAAUGAUGUUUUUGGGUCAUCUUAUAUAUGCCUAUUCUGUUCCAUUUCAAAAAAGUGUUCAAAGCGAGCUAGUAUGAAAAAGACUUGUAUUUAAAAGAUUUCACAAAACUGUAUGUGCAGUCAACAUAACUGAUGAAGUUAGACCAAUGCAUUGCAAAGUUUUAUCCAUAAAAGUAAUGUGUCAAAGUCUUAAUUUUAUCCAUAAUUGUAUUUGUUGUACUGCUCAUCUGUCCUGUUGAUUGUAUGUACCGUCAAGAAGGGAUGUUUUGAGUUUUUUCCAGACUUGUGCCAAGUUGACAUGAAACAAAAUCUUCAAUAAUAUCUGGUGAGAAUAGAAAGUAGGAAAUUUCUUGUACAUGGAUAUGUCACUGUAUGUUGUUAGUUGGUUGGUUAGUUAACCUUUUACCGCUUAGAUAUGUAUUUUGACGCAUGUGUAGUCCCUAAGAAAGUUCAAUUUAAUUAGAUACCUUGAUUAAUAAGCUUAAGUUUUUAAAGCUUCAUUUCAAACCCUUAGAUACUGAUGAGCAGCGAACAGCAUAAAACUUGAGUUACUCGCAUGCUGUUCUGGUUUUAUGCAGGUUGUAAAAGCCAUUUUCACUUUGCCUCGAGUGGGAAAGGGUUAAUAACAGCCUAGAGAUUCUACAUUUGUUGUGCACAAUGUGUUACAGAAUGGUGGGUUGUUAAUUCCCUUACCACAAUUUUGCAAUAAGCAAGAUUUUGUAAAUUUGAACAGGGGUUUAUAUAGGAAAAAAAACGACUAAGUAGGCAUACCUGAUUUGAGAAGAGAGCAAACAAUUAGUGUGCAUCUCCAUUUUAAAUGAUCAUGUUCUUUUGUGAGUCAGGGUUGUAAAUAUCUGUAUUGUUGAUGCCAAAAUGAGUCUCUUCCACUAGUUAAGAUGCACACUGUUAUAGAAAAGAAAGAUGGUAAAUCAUGUCUACAUCCAUUUAUAUUGGUGAAGUUUUUUGUUGAAAGAGUAAACCAUUUUUUUAUGAUUAAAACAAUAUCAUGUUCUUGCCAUGUUAAGAGGGGCAUCCAUAACCAAAGCUUUAUUAAGACAAAAACAUGUAUGCUUUGAAAAUAUUGAUGUGUUUUAUGAGUUUGGUCAUGCCCCACGAAGAUGCAGGAGGUUACAGGAAUACUCUUUUCCCAGCCUCCAUCUGUCCGUCCACUUCACUUUCCAGUAUCUCCUUUUCAGGAAAAUUUGCGCAAGUGUAUUGGUCAUUGAAUAGUUGCGCUUGGUCUUACUGGCUCAAUAUCAAGGUCAUGAUAAAAUUUCAAAAUGUUUUAGGCUCCGUGUUUCUUAUCUGAUCCAUAUCUCUUAAACCCUAUAUUAAGAAUUCUAUGAAGCUUGGAUUAAAUGUUAAGGUCAUUAAGAUGAUGUGCACAGGGCACAAAGCUCAAGGUCAUGAUCACUUUAGAAGGUCAAAUAAUGUUGUAACUUUCAUUUUUCUGUCCGCUGCAUGUAUCUUAUACCUUUGCAUAAUUUUCAUGGAACAUGGUGUGCAUUUGAAUUGAUUUUUUAUGACAAAAAAUUCCUCCUCUGUAUUAACUCUCUUAAGCAGUGUGCGAAAGGCAUUUAUCAGUCAGCACUAGGUCACGGUCACCACUUCAAAGCCAAAACUAUCACUGCUGGGAAUACAGCUGCCAGGUGGGCUGCAUUGUUACAAUAAAAGUGGUUUGUUUUUGUUUUGAAAACAGUUUUUACCUGUUAAUAAUUAUUGUUGUGUAUCAGUUUUAAUGUCCCCCACCAAUAAUGAAUAUAGUGGGGGACAUAUUGUGUUUGCCCUGUCUGUUGGUAGGUUGGUUGGUUGGUUGGUUGGUUGGUAGGUUUGUUUGUUUGUUUGUUUGUUUGUUUGUUUGUUUGUUUGUUUGUUUGUUUGUUUGUUUGUUUGUUUGCUCCAACUUUAACAUUUGCCAUAACUUUUGCAAUAUGGAAGAUAGCAACUUCAUAUUUGGCAUGCAUAUGUAUCUCAUAGAGCUGCACUUUUUGAGUGGUGAAAGGUCAAGGUCAUCCUUCAAGGUCAAAGGUCAAAUAUAUAGCUUCAAAACGGCGCAGUAGGGGACAUAGUGUUUCUGACAAACACAUAUCUUGUUUUUCUAGUCAAAAUAUGCCACUUGUAUUGUGUAGUUAUUAUGUGUUCAUUACCAUUUUCAUGAGAAGAACCAUUGAUAUCAAAACUUCUUUACCUCAAUCUUUCUAUGUCAAAUUGAUUCCAACUUGGACAUAACUAUUGGUUGUGUAAAUUAAUAUUUCUGUCUUUUUUUAUCACAAACAGCAUACAUCGAUGCUAAAUUGAUGGGGAAUUGGCAUGACAUAGUUGUAUCAUAUUAAACAUUUGUCAUAACAAAUAGUCAUGCUCUUACUGUGUUGUACUGUCAGUAAAUGUUAAAUUAUGUUCAUUCAUUUGAUCGCUUUCUUCUGACGUAGUUUGAAAUCAUGAUUUUGAUUUGUGAAUGUUUUUCUAAUCAAUUAUUAUAUGAAGUAAGACCCUUGAUUGUCUCACAUGUUUUGACACAGAAUGCAGACUGACUGCAUUUGAGGCAGUCUCUGUGAAAAAAAGGGCUUAACCCUCUACCACUUACAUGUACAUAUUUUCACGCAUUUGUUGUCCCUUAAAAAGUCCUAUUUAAUUUAAGACUGUAAUCAAGUCUACUUAGAGGCAAAGUGAAAAUAUGCAAAGAGCAUAAAACCAGAACAGCAUGCGAGUAACACGCAGGAAAUUCAGGUUUUAUGCUGUUUGCUGCUCAUCAGUAUCUUAGGUUGGAAAUGUAGCCUUUAAAUCACGAAACUAGUAAGAAUGGUCUAUAAUUGAAUUUGAUUUUCUGAGAGACUUUGAACGUGUAAAAGUGCCUCUCUGAGUGGUAAAGGGUGAUAAGCAUUUCAGAGUUGUUACCUCAUGUGUGUGAGGAGACAACUUGACUGUGUGGAAGUUAAGGAUUUACUUGUUCCAUCCAAUCCUUCCCAUAUUUGCACAGUUUAGGUAUGGCCAGCAUAUCAAAAGAGGUAAAUGUUAUAUCUGGAUUAUUAAAUCAUAUUGCAACAUUCAGUAGACUCCACUCUUGAAGGCCAAAUGGUAAAAACCAAAGACAAAUUGGAAAAAAUGCAUAAUUUGCUUAUAUAAUAACAUUACAUAAUUGAAUCAAACGCUUACAUCUUUUUUAUUAAUCGUAAAAAUUGUUUUAGUUCUGAUCUUCUGCUUUAAGUCUAUAGUGUCUGAAACAGAUUUAGAAAUUAAAAAAUGGGGGAGGGGAGAGUUUCGGGUACCGAUUUGAGUAUUUAUGUCGAGUUUUGCUUGCACACACUUUAAUCAUAUGAAACUCGCUUGUGUUGGGGAAAGCUGCAGUAUUAUGAAUUCAAAUAAUGGGUCAUUCUGUUUAUGACAGUAUCUAUUUAUUAUAGUCAAGUAUGCAGGGCUUUAUGAGUAUGAUCUCAUUUAAGAAUAAUUAACUGCGCAAGACACAUAUCUGGACUGCUGUGUUUUUGAUGCAUAGGUCAGUAUUUUGAUCACCUCGGUGGGUCUACUUCUUGCUUUGUGUUUGCGUUCUUGAAUUUUUUUGAGGGAGUGAGGGGUAAAUUUUAUUAAGUAUUUGUUUACUAUAAAAAGUACAUUAUACAGUUUGUAAUUGCAUAAAAUGAAGAGUUGUAUGUUGUGUUAACAGUUACAAUAAUCACUUGUAUUGUGUACAGGCCUCAACAAUUUGAUCAGUUUUUGGACAGAUUUUGUCUUCGAAAAGCACAGAAUGAGAACAAUUAUUUGUCAAUAUUUAAAUAACAUUUUCAUUUAAGACACAACCAAAUAGCUUAAUGCUGCCUUUUUAUGUCAUUAAUUGUUUUUUGAAAAAUAAACUCUUAUAUUGUAAAUAAAUAGGGCAAACCGAAUUUCAUUUAAAAAAAACCUCUUAGGUGAAAUACAUCAAGAGCUGGGUAAAAUGUACAUGUUUGGCCAAAUAAUAAAAUAUACUUUUAUUUCUUGUAAAGAUUUUUAGGUGCUGCAAAUCCAAUGAACAUCUUUUCACUUUGUUGUGGUCUAAUUAUAUCUCUCUUAAAUUGAAAUGUAGCUUUUUGUUGAAAGUUUUAAUAAAUACUAUGAAUUUCAUGGACAUUAAAGGAUGUUUAUACUCUUAUGAUACCAGUAGUAUUUCUUUGUACAUAUUUUGCUACAUAAUAAUAAAAUCCUAAAAAAUCAUAAUUUUAAAAUGAUCACAAAUGUAUUGAACAUAAAUUAUCUUUAUGUUGAGGUUGUGCUUAGUUUCUUUACUGCCUGACAAUCAAAGUUCUUCUUAAAGAUCAUAACACUUGGUUAUAUUGUUGGAUUAGAAAUAAUAUAAGGUCUAGUUUCUGUGUGCAAAGUAAAGUGAACAGUUUGAAAACAUGCAAACUUUUUCAAGUAUUUUCAGGGAUGUAUCCAUAUUUGUAAUUAUAUACCAUUUUAGUUUACAGUUGUUUGCAUACCAGUGUAUGAAGUUAAACAUUUUAUUUUAGAUAGUACGGUAUAUAAAUGUAAUUUGGUUCAAACUUAGUUUUGUUUUUCGCUCUUCUGAGCGUACCAUGCUCAUGAUGAGCUUUUGUGAUCACCUUUUGUCCUUUGUUCACUGUGUGUCAUCUACUUUCACAUUGUGAACGCUCUAAAGGCAAAAUGUAUUGCCCAAACUUCAUAAACCUGAUCCGAUUCAUUUUUCCAAAUGAUAUGUCACCAAGAUCAAAACCGGGUCAUGUGGAGUAAAAAAACUAGGUCCAAACGUUAUGCAACUUGCCCAAAAUCCAUUUUCUAAUGACAUGAUAAUAACUCGUUUGUGUUGGAUAUUGGUACAGGUCCAUUGAAAAACAUAGCAGCCAGAGGGGGCGAAAAGUUUAUGGCUAUAGUCAAACCUUGUGAACACACUAGAAUUCUCAUUGUUUCUCCUAUCAUUAAGCUUUUUAUAUUGUCUGUUAAGUCGCCAUUGUUAAAGUGUUUGUGAUAUCUCUAGAGAUCAAAUUAUUGGUCAAUUUUCAUACAAGUUAGUCAGAACUUAAUGUAUUUAGAUUAAAUUUUGUCAACAUAAAAUCUUGGCUUAGUCCAAUACUUGCUAAUGUGGAGUUAAAAACUAGUCAGGACAUCAACUUGAGAUAGAUUUAGAAUACUUUGGAAAACAGAUUUGUUGUCCAAUCAACCUGAAACUGGCUAAGGAAAUUGUUUUGUCCUAUUAAUAUCUUUGUAAAAAGAGUCAAAAACGGCUCCAAUUGUUUCAAAACAUUACUGCCAGGGGCUUUGGCAUUUUUCUUGUGUGACUUUUUCUAAAGGUUGUGAACAAGUAAUAGAUCUUGUUUUUACCUAAUUAUCAUGCUGCUUCUGAUAAUAUUUGUUCUUUUGAUAAUACAUAAAAGAGUUCUUUGGAAAUGGUCCGAUGCAAACUUGAUCAAAUAAUAACUGCCAGCAUGAAAUAUGUGUAAUAAGAGGUUAAAAAGAUUGGUCGAAAGUCAUAUUUAUAACACAAUAAAAAAACGCAUCCGAUGAUUACAGUUUCUUUUUUUGUCUCAGGCGAACUUACAAGGGACUUUGGCCCCUUUGUUUAAUUUUAAGAUUAUUUCAUCUUGCAAAAUCUGCUGAUUUGUUCAUACCUGUUUAUUAUAGUUUUGUUCCCAAAUUUGAAGAUGUGUAUAUAUUUCGUUUUAUAUGAUAAUUAAAACUGUAGAUCAAUACAGAA